UCCAUGCAGUGUUAUUGUCUGUCAUUUUGCGACAGCCGGAAAUGAAGGCAGACAGAUGAAGCGCUCCUGCUUUACGGCCGUGUGAACCCGUUUAGAUUCCAACUGUUGUUGUCUAUUCGGGUUCGUCAUGGAUCCGAACCGCAUUAUCCAGGCCCUGCGGGGUACCAUCGACCCCAAGAUGCGCCUGGCGGCUGAGACUGAGCUCAACCAGUCCUACAAGAUCAUCAGCUUUGCGCCAACCCUGCUGCAGAUCAUUGUGUCUGAUGAGGUGGAGUUCCCUGUACGCCAGGCAGCGGCAAUCUACCUGAAGAACAUGGUGACUCAGUACUGGCCAGACAGGGAACCCAUGGUAGGUGAAAUCGUAUUCCCAUUCAACAUCCAUGAAAAUGAUCGUCACCAGAUCCGGGAAAACAUAGUGGAGGGCAUCAUCCGCUCCCCUGACCUUGUGAGGGCUCAACUGACGCUCUGCUUACGUGUCAUCAUUAAGCAUGACUUCCCUGGGCGCUGGACUGGAGUGGUUGAAAAGAUCGGCUUCUAUCUGCAGUCAUCAAACUCAGGGAGCUGGCUGGGCAGCUUGCUGUGUCUCUACCAGCUGGUGAAGACAUACGAGUACAAGAAGGCUGAUGAGCGGACGCCCCUCAUUGCCGCCAUGCAGAUGUUCCUACCCCGUCUCCAGCAACAGAUAGUUCAUCUGCUUCCAGAUCCCACUCACUACUCUGUACUGAUUCAGAAGCAGAUCCUAAAGAUCUUCUAUGCCCUCAUUCAGUACUCUCUGCCGCUCCAGCUAGUGAACAAUCAGAUGAUGACUCAAUGGAUGGGAAUAUUUAGCAGCAUCGCUGAUCGGGAUGUACCACCGGAAACCAUGCAGGUGGAUGAAGAUGAUCGUCCAGAGCUGGUGUGGUGGAAGUGUAAGAAGUGGGCCCUCCAUAUCAUCACGCGCCUUUUCGAGCGGUAUGGCAGCCCUGGGAGCGUGACAAAAGAAUAUAUUGAAUUCUCUGAAUUCUUUCUGAAGACUUACGCUGUUGGGGUUCUGCAGGUUCUUCUGAAAGUCUUAGAACUUCACAGACAGAAGCAGUAUGUGGCCCCUCGAGUUCUACAGCAGACCCUAAACUACCUGAAUCUAGGUGUCUCUCAUGCUGUCACAUGGAAGAUGCUAAAGCCAAGCAUGCAGAGCAUUUCCGAGGAAGUUAUUUUCCCUCUUAUGUGCUAUAAAGAUGAAGAUGAGGACUUGUGGCAGGAUGACCCCUAUGAGUACAUCCGCAUGAAGUUUGAUGUGUUUGAAGAUUACAUAUCUCCUGCUACAGCAGCUCAGAAUUUUCUCUUUACGGCCUCCAAGAAGAGGAAAGAGGUCCUCCCAAAGAUGAUGAACUUCUGCUACCAGAUCCUCACCAUAUCCUCUGUAGACCCUCGUAAAAUAGAUGGGGCUUUACAUGUUUUGGGGUCCUUAGCAGACAUUUUAUUGAAGAAAUCUGUCUACAAGGAUCAGAUGGAAAUGUUCAUUCAGAAUCAUGUUUUUCCCCUGUUUUUGUCAGAGCUGGGCUAUAUCCGAGCACGGUGUUGUUGGGUGCUUCACUCAUUCUGUACACUAAAAUUUCACAACGAGCUGAACCUCAGAAAUGCUGUAGAGCUGGCCAAGAAAAGCCUGCUAGAGGAUAAGGAGCUGCCGGUGAAAGUCGAGGCCGCCAUCGCCAUGCAGACAUUAAUAAGCAACCAAGGUGCAGCUAAAGAGUACAUGAGGCCGUACAUCCGAUCCGUCAUGCAAGAACUUCUACAUAUCGUCAGAGAGACCGAAAAUGACGACCUAACCAAUGUCAUUCAGAAGAUGAUCUGCGAGUAUAGCCAGGAGGUGGCACCCAUUGCAGUCGACAUGACCAGGCACCUGGCAGAAAUCUUUGUAAAAGUGCUGCAGAGUGAGGAAUAUGAAGAAGUAGAAGACAAGACUGUGAUGGCGUUGGGAAUCCUGCACACCAUUGACAUUGUCUUGACAGUUGUAGAAGAUCACAAAGAAGUGAAGGAGCAACUGGAAGGAAUAUGUCUGCAGAUUGUGGGCCUUGUGCUCCAGAAACAUAUUAUAGAAUUCUACGAGGAGAUUCUGUCCCUGGCUUACAGCCUCACCAACCAGACCAUUUCACCACAAAUGUGGCAGCUCCUUGGGAUCUUGUUUGAAGUCUUUCAGAGGGACUGCUAUGAGUAUUUUACAGAUAUGAUGCCGCUACUGCACAACUACAUUACUGUAGAUACAGAGACCCUGCUGUCAAACCCCAAGCACCUGGAGAUUAUUUACACUAUGUGUAAGAAGGUGCUGAUGGGAGAUGCUGGUGAAGAUGCCGAGUGUCAUGCAGCCAAGCUUCUGGAGGUCAUCAUUCUGCAGUGUAAAGGAAGAGGGAUCGACCAGUGUAUCCCGCUCUUCGUAGAAGCUGUGCUGGAACGCUUAACGCGAGGUGUUAAAUCCAGCGAGCUGCGCACUAUGUGUCUUCAGGUGGUCAUCGCUUCUCUGUACUAUAAUCCACCACUUCUCUUGAAUACUCUGGAACAGAUCCGAUUCCCCCACAGCUCAGAACCCAUCACAGCGCAGUUCGUCAAUCAGUGGGUCAACGACACUGACUGCUUCCUGGGGCUUCAUGACCGAAAGAUUUGUAUAAUCGGCCUCAGCAUCCUCAUGGAGCUUCCUAGCAGACCCCCUUCAGUAAAUGCUGUUGCCUCAGUCAUUGUGCCUUCCAUUCUCCUCCUGUUCCUUGGACUGAGGCAAGUGUGCUCGCAUCGGGACCAUCCAGAUAGGCGGUCUUCGUCUCGUGCCACCAAAACUGAAACUGAGGAAAACGAGGAGAUCCCAAGUGAUGAGGAGGAAUCCAGCAGCCAGGCAAUGCAGGAGAAUGCUGGGAAAGAGGAAGAGGAGGAUGAAGAUGAGGACUGGGAUGAUGAAGCCUUAGAAGAGACGGCACUGGAAGCGUUCAGCACACCCCUAGAUUGUCAGGAGGCCCUGGAUGAGUAUCAGCUCUUUACAGACGCAUUGCUGAGUGUGCAGAGCAGAGACCCUGUUUGGUAUCACUCUCUGACAGCGACGCUCAGCAACGACCAGAAGAAACAGCUGCAGGAGAUAUACACGUUGUCGGAGCAGAGGAAGGCUGGUGAGUAACAGCGUCACAGAAGCUUGAACAGCAGCUGUCAGCGCAAACCGUCUGCACUUCCCAUCUUGUAGGCCAGUGAAGAAGGACAUUGGAAGGAACCCUGGGACAUCUCCAUUUACAUAUUUGUAAAGCCUAUUGACAUUGUGCAGAAGAUGGGCAAGGCACUGGACCCAUGACAUGAGGAGAUUGCCCGCCAAGUUCUGCACUAUGAGUGUGUUGGAAUAAAGGACAAGGGGGUGUUUGUUUCCCCCCCCCCCCCUAGGAUUCAGGUAAUUGUGCCACAGACUGAGGACUAUCUGCAGCUAGAAUCUCAGUUCUUAUUCACUUUUACUCAUUCCUCAUAUUUGCCACUGAUCUGUGACAGACUGAAACACUGCAGCUCUUGCUCUUGAUAACCUUGAUGUGCUGCUAGCUCCACCCCCGAGGAGCAGGAAGAUGGACUGAAUUACAUGUCUUUCAAGUCUAAUUAUUCAUGCUAACACUGAAGGCCAGGCUUUUCCAUCUUCGUCUUUAAAUAAAGAAAUGUGUUAAUUCACAGAACAAACCCUAAGCCACUGAUUUCCUGCAGAGGAACCUCUGAAAAAUGGUUACACUCCUGAAGCAUCUUAGUGCCAUUCCU